CGGAGAUCACCGGGCAGAUGAUUGUGGUCAGCCGCAGGGCCGUGGACUGGCUCCGGUCUCUGGUAAGCGGUUACAGCUGCUUCUUCAAGGGGGUCAAACUGGGGAUGCUGCUACCAGAUUCUCCUCUGCAUUGUUGUCAUCUCGUGGGGCUACGUCCUGUAUGCAGCAAGACAGGCAGCACUAUGGCAGCUGCAGCAAAAAUAUCCAAACCAAGUUUUAACCUGACAGUCCAAUGGUUUCACUUGGCACUUGAACUCCAUGACAUUAUGAUACAGCCGGAUAAAAUGAAAAAGAGAAUGCCAUAGUCUCCAUAUAACACAGCACAGCUUCCUAUGGUACCCACAAAAUGACGAUGGAAAUCAUGGCUUAUAAAAUCAUUACUUUCUCCAAGCUGAAGCACAGGCAUAGACAAAGUCCAGAAAUGAAUGAGAUGCGGGCCGUGGCGUUGGAAACGAUUAAAGGAAAACUGUCAGAUGCAGUGCACAGAGCCCCGCCUGUCAGAUGCAGUGCACAGAGCCCCGCCUGUCAGAUGCAGUGCACAGAGCCCCGCCAGUCAGAUGCAGUGCACAGAGCCCCGCCAGUCAGAUGCAGUGCACAGAGCCCCGCCAGUCAGAUGCAGUGCACAGAGCCCCGUCUGUCCUCAGUCACAUGCAGCAGAUUUGUUGCAAACAUUUCUGUGACUGCAAAUCACAGAAAAGGAAUGGGAUUGUUUUGGUGCAAAGCACAAACAUUUCUACAAACCCCAUUAAAAGGUUAUCUGGGAGCAGGAAAGGUAUGAUCUUCCCCCACUCUCAACACUUCUGCCUCAGUAUUGUCUUCCCAGGUGGGAAGUAUUGCCAUCAUCACAUGUUGGCGAAACCGAGGUCACAUUUGGUGACCAAUGACUGCACUAUGGUGAAUUAAAAUAAAACAAAAAAACUACUUACCAAUUUCCUAAAGCUCCCAUGCUGUUCCCCCACAGCUCUCAGUUUAGAGACCACCAGAAAUGACACGUUGUAUUGACAAGUAACAAAAGCAGCAGUCAAAUGGGUCAUCAUGUCAUUGCUUGAGGUCAGUGACCUGCUGAGAAUCAGGUAUGCAUUGGCAAUUGUAUACAUAGACCCCAUUACCAGAUAGAGGUCAAAGGUAUAAUUCGGGUGGUUUCCAUUUACUUGCUGUAUAGAAUAGCACAGCAGGAGUAUACUGUGUGUUAUAUGUUUUUAUUGUUAUUAUUAUUAUUAUUUUUUUUAUAUGGGGCAGCAUCUGGAGGGGGAGGGUUCACUAUUUUAACCAAACUAUGGCUACUGAUCCACAUAUUAAGUAUAUUAAAGUUUUUUUACAUUUUAAGAUAGCCGAAUAUACUCCUAUGCACCAAAUUAGUACAUGCAGAUUUGACAGCGUUGCUCACCCUUGGCACUGCAAUUCAGCAAUAGAAUACCCAUGAUCAAGAUCUUAAAAUCUCAGGCAUGCCCUUUACUGCGCAAAUUUUCUGUUACACAUUGAUGGGGUUUUCUAGUCUCUGUUUUCACAAAGGUUAGUAUACGUCCAGAAUUAACAAUAAAUGAUGGGGGUCUUAAAAUAAAAUAUA